GUUCCAGUUCAAACCAUCAGCCUCUGUAGGUUGUCUUAAUUGCUACUUUGCUCUGCACUGGACUAUGACUGAUUUUUGGCACAUGCUGUCAUACACAAAGUUCCUAAAAUAAAAUGCUCCAGGAUAUCCUAGGAACUCUUAGAAGGCUUUAAAAAGGGACUCACACACUGAAAGAAUAUCUUUGAUGAAGACAAUUCAGGCAAGCAGAAUGAUUCUUGCAACAGAAUUACAUGAUUAAUUGAGAUCUUGAAGUGGGUCCGGUGAAUCCUGGCCACCUAACUUAUCGUGAUUUGGGGAAGUUUCAGGAGAAUCCAGUUUUGGUAAAACAAUUGUUUUAUUCCUCCCCAAGUGACUAUACAUUUAAAUAGCUAAAACAUCUGUUCAGCAACAUACUAAAACAUGUAUACUCUGAACGCUUGAGAGAAGAGCCUGCCAAACAAUCGGUUGAGAGGGACUUUGCUGAGGGAGAGCACCAAGAUAAAGCAACACUGUUUGUUUUGUCUAGUCAGGGGGAAAGCCAAGGCAACCAAUAUUUUGGAUUUUAUAAUUUUCAUUUGUGAAGAAUUAUUUGAGAAAGGGUGGCAAGGGGAGAUUUCCAGACGGGAGUUUUUUAAGCUGUCCAUUAGUAGAAGAGCAAAAGAGCCUUGGAUGUCAACACCUCGGUCUUGAGACCAGCCACCAAACCACGAAAAGUGACUUUCUUCUCGUGUGUUCUCUGCGGCCCUUCUGAUGGAAGCAGAAACAGGGAGCAGCGUGGAGACUGGAAAGAAGGCCAACAGAGGCGUUCGAAUUGCCCUGGCCGUUGUCGGUGGCACCCUUGUUCUGGGUACGAUCCUCUUCUAGGUAAUGAGUCAAGGAUUCUUAAGUCUCCACGCUAAACAGGAGUACUGCCUGAAGCCAGAAUGCGUCGAAGCUGCUGCUGCCAUCUUAAGUAAAGUAAAUCUGUCUGUGGAUCCUUGUGAUAAUUUCUUCCGGUUUGCUUGUGAUGGCUGGAUAAGCAAUAAUCCAAUUCCCGAAGAUAUGCCAAGCUAUGGGGUUUAUCCUUGGCUAAGACAUAAUGUUGACCUCAAGUUGAAGGCACUUUUGGAGAAAUCAAUCAGUAGAAGGCGGGACACCGAAGCCAUACAGAAAGCCAAAAUCCUUUAUUCAUCCUGCAUGAAUGAGAAAGCCAUUGAAAAAGCAGAUGCCAAGCCACUGCUACACAUCCUACGGCAUUCACCUUUCCGCUGGCCCGUGCUUGAAUCUAAUAUUGGUCCUGAAGGGGUUUGGUCAGAGAGAAAGUUCAGCCUUCUACAGACACUUGCAACAUUUCGUGGUCAAUACAGCAAUUCCGUGUUCAUCCGUUUGUAUGUGUCCCCUGAUGACAAGGCAUCCAAUGAACAUAUCUUGAAGCUGGACCAAGCGACACUCUCCCUAGCUGUGAGGGAAGACUACCUUGAUAACAGUACAGAAGCCAAGUCUUAUCGGGAUGCCCUUUACAAGUUCAUGGUGGACACUGCUGUGCUUUUAGGAGCUAACAGUUCCAGAGCAGAGCAUGACAUGAAGUCAGUGCUUAGAUUGGAAAUUAAGAUAGCUGAGAUAAUGAUUCCACAUGAAAACCGAACUAGUGAGGCCAUGUACAACAAAAUGAACAUUUCUGAACUGAGUGCUAUGAUUCCCCAGUUCGACUGGCUGGGCUACAUCAAGAAGGUCAUUGACACCAGACUCUACCCCCACCUGAAAGACAUCGGCCCCUCAGAGAACGUGGUGGUUCGCGUCCCUCAGUACUUUAAAGAUUUGUUUAGGAUAUUAGGGUCUGAGAGGAAGAAGACCAUUGCCAACUAUUUGGUGUGGAGAAUGGUUUAUUCCAGAAUUCCAAACCUUAGCAGGCGCUUUCAGUAUAGAUGGCUGGAAUUCUCAAGGGUAAUCCAGGGGACCACAACUUUGCUGCCUCAAUGGGACAAAUGUGUUAACUUUAUUGAAAGUGCCCUCCCUUAUGUUGUUGGAAAGAUGUUUGUAGAUGUGCACUUCCAGAAAGAUAAGAAGGAGAUGAUGGAGGAACUGAUUGAGGGCGUUCGCUGGGCCUUUAUUGACAUGCUAGAGAAAGAAAAUGAGUGGAUGGAUGCAGGGACGAAAAGGAAAGCCAAAGAAAAGGCGAGAGCUGUUUUGGCAAAAGUUGGCUAUCCAGAGUUUAUAAUGAAUGAUACUCAUGUUAAUGAAGACCUCAAAGCAAUCAAGUUUUCAGAAUCCGACUACUUUGGCAAUGUCCUUCAAACUCGCAAGUAUUUAGCACAGUCUGAUUUCUUCUGGCUAAGAAAAGCCGUUCCAAAAACAGAGUGGUUUACAAAUCCGACGACUGUCAACGCCUUCUACAGCGCAUCCACCAACCAGAUCCGAUUUCCAGCAGGAGAGCUCCAGAAGCCUUUCUUUUGGGGAACAGAAUAUCCUCGAUCUCUGAGUUAUGGUGCUAUAGGAGUAAUUGUUGGACAUGAAUUUACACAUGGAUUUGAUAAUAAUGGUAGAAAAUAUGAUAAAAAUGGAAACCUGGAUCCUUGGUGGUCUACUGAAUCAGAAGAGAAGUUUAAGGAAAAAACAAAGUGUAUGAUUAACCAGUAUAGCAACUAUUACUGGAAGAAAGCUGGCUUAAAUGUAAAGGGGAAGAGGACCCUGGGAGAAAAUAUUGCCGAUAAUGGAGGCCUGCGGGAAGCUUUUAGGGCUUACAGGAAAUGGAUAAAUGACAGAAGGCAGGGAGUUGAGGAGCCUCUUCUACCAGGCAUCACUUUCACCAACAACCAGCUCUUCUUCCUGAGUUAUGCUCAUGUGAGGUGCAAUUCCUACAGACCAGAAGCUGCCCGAGAACAAGUCCAAAUUGGUGCUCACAGCCCCCCUCAGUUUAGGGUGAAUGGUGCAAUUAGUAACUUCGAAGAAUUCCAGAAAGCUUUUAACUGUCCACCCAAUUCAACAAUGAACAGAGACAUGGACUCCUGCCGACUCUGGUAGCUGUGACACUGGUUUAUGGCAUCCUGAGACAGUUGCACAGUGCCAGCGGAGGCUGCACUGAGCCGUCAUCGCCCAUUGCUUUAGGCCUGAAGACUUUCAGUUGCAGUGCAUUUUCAUUAUUGGGUAGAUGACCUGCUUGGAUCUAGACAGUAUCUGUUCAAAGCUGUAGGGCUUAUAAAAUGGAAUACAAGAAUGAACCAUGUAUGUUUCUUUAGAAAACCAAACCAACAAAAAUCUCUAGGCUACUUUUGUUAAAAUGCUAUCUGCUUAAUUGUUGCUAUUGUCCAUUUUAAUGUGUUAGCCACAGUUAUGGGGUACAUACCAUUUCAAUCUGUAGCUUUGUUUAAAGUUCAAUCUAUUAAACUUGUAACAUCUCAAUGAUGAAGACAUGUGCAUGAAUACCUGGGAGGUCUUGCUGUUCUGUGGAAUGCAGUGCAAGAUUUUAUGGACAGUAAUUAUACAACAUUUCUCAACUCUAAGGUAGUUAAAUGAGAAAUAUGUUUGAUCUCCAUUUUGCAAUUUUUGAUGAAGUUCUUACCUUUAGCUUUGGAGUUUAUUGGAACAAAAACGUGUCUUACAGCUUGCAUCUGAUGUAGCAGAUUGCCCCGUUCAAGUUAGCAUGAACAAAGCUGGCAGAAAGGCUACUAGGUAAAGGAUUUGAGUUUAUUAAAUAGAAAAAAGGGAAUGAAGAUGUAUCUUUAGGUCCCAGAAUAAGUAAAACCUCCUCGUUACAUAACAGCAGGGAAACUAGGAGAUAAAAUUUUGUCUCAUCUGUAUGAACUGCAUUGAUUGCCCAUGUGCCAGAUACUUUUUUAAAAGCCUAAUUCUUGUUGGUUUCAUAACCUUCCUAUGUGUGCAUUGUCCUGGUUCUGAAAUGAGCAGAUUUGAGAAAAGAAUUUUCUGAUUUCCCCAUUAGGAACAUAUGACUUUCAUUUCCCUUUAGUGCAAAAAAACAAACAAACAUUGCAUUGAGGAGAAAAGAGCCCUUCUGUUUCAGCUUAAUGUUACCUCUCUUUCAAAAAAACCUUUUUGAAAAAUUUCUAGAUGACAUUUUAGAAUUUAUUGAUUCAACUUAAAAUUACCUGCAUAGUCCAAAUAAACAUAAUUGUUACUCUUCAAGUCAUAUAUUAUUCUGACAAGUGAACCACUUUGUUUCUUAUCAGUGAGCGAGAAAGAGAGAGAGUGUGUGUGUGUAGGAUAAAAUUGUAAUGGCCUUAAAGUUGUUACCUGGCAUUUCUGGUUUCUUAAAAUAGGCAUCCCUGCAUUCCCUUUACAUUAUUCGUUAUACAUAAGCUACUGGGUUAAGUGGGCCAAUUGGAAAAUCUCUGAAGCAAAAUGACAAAUUCAGAUUAACCACAGGAAGCCAUUGUGUAUCCCUGUCAUUUGCGAUUUUUUAAAAAUAUAUAAGUGUGUGCCAUGUCCUUUUGUAGCCAUGGGAACAUCUGAAGGGAGAAAAAUGGAGGGGCACCAUCAUGAGGAAACAAUUAUACUGCAUUAGUCAGAGGAGAGCAAUUUUCACCUUGACUUCUUCCUCUCUGAAUGGAUAAACUUGUGAAGGGCAGCUACCUUUUCCUCCUCUUAACCUGGCUUCAUGUGACCUUAGCUUGUAUUUCUAAAAACAAGCAGUAUUAGGUUAGGGGUGCUGGAAAUGUACGUGUCUUCUCUGGAGGAAGGAUUCUGCCUUGGUUUAGACACAUGAGAUUCUCUUUGUUUUAUUCCUGCACUUGGGUGUUUAAAACCAGCUGAGGUUUAUUAUGCUAAUAUGAAUAGUGUUUCUCUUCUAGAUUUCCUUUAUAAACUCAAAAAAAAAAAAACAAACACAUUCCUGCAGGUCAGAGAAAGUGUUUGAUAAAAGCAUAGAAUUAUGGCUUCAGAAAUAGACAUUAAGUUGUUUGUUGGUUUAGCAAAACUGGUUGGUGAUUAGUUGGGGCCCUCACAGUUUCUAGAUGAGAAGGUUUUCUUAUCCUGAUUAACUUUAAUUGCUGUAAUUCAGUUAUACCAAAAAUUGCAGAUAGGCUGUCCAUUACUAAAACAAACUAAAACAAAACAACAAACGAAAAGCAGCAAUACCAAAUCAUCACUACUAGCUAGAACAAUUAGAAGGACUGAAUUUCCAAAUAUAUGCUUAUGUUUAACUCUUCCAAUCACAUUCUCAUUGUCCUUUCUCUUGGAUACAGAUUGCUAAGAUAAACAGACACUGAUUAACUGGCAGAAAGAGAAAGGUAAAAUGCAACUGGAAGAGAAAGAAAAAAGUAGGAAGAAGCUGGCCUAUGGAUGUGGCUCUGAAGAGAAGACAGGAUUUUGGCAAUCCUUGCUAAGCACAUUCAUUGGAGUAGAGCCAUAAAGUUUUACAAAAAUAAUUAUGGUAAAUUAAAAGGAAAUUAGAUGUUGGAUCUCAGACUAGGGCUCCAGUUCUCUUAUUCACACACCAGAUGUUCUGCCAGUGAACUAUUGUCUGGGCAUUGGAAGGAGUUAGUUAGGUCUUUUUUGUGUGUGUGUGAAAAUCUCCUAGAUUAGUAAAAAAUUUUCUAGGUAUAAAGUGAUUUUAUUUGGGCUCAUCACCAUUGCCCAAAGUGUACUGAGCCUUUCACCAAGUGCUCGUCAUUGGCCUCCUGUUCUCAUUUAUUCAUUUUAUGCGAUGGACUUGGACAUAACUAAUGCAAACAUAGGAUUCAUAAAUUAUCCUGAAGUUUAUUUAGUGCCUUGCCUCAAUGGAGCUUAAAGCAUAGCACAUAAAUUUUAUCUUAUUUAGCCCUGGAGCAUCACUAAGCAGCAGCUAGGAGCUAUGGCUUGCCAGACAGAUUAUGCUUGUGCCAGAGAAGUGGAGAAGCCUGAAAUUUCUUGUCAAGUAUCCCACAGGAAGGAAAGGCAGUCUUUGGCCUUUGGUCUACUGACCUGUGGAUUAACCUCCAUCCCUUAGGUUAUCCCAUUUCUAAAUACAUUUAUUCAAUCAGUAUUUCUGUAAUCACUUAACAUUUGAUAGGCUUCUUCCUGGAUACAUUUAACAUAAGGCCUCAGUUGCAUAUUAAAUUAUGGAAGAAUAUACGAUUACUUCAUACAACAAUAUUCUCUUCACCAGUGACGGUGUCCCUCUGGUUUGAAGAAGGGUAUUCUUGGAUUCUGCAUUUUAUAUCUAAAUGGUUAUUGUGAGACUGGUUGUAUUUUCUUCUCCUACUUAUGAAACAAUGGAACAGUCACUUUAAGUACAAUAAAAAGUUGGUUGAA